UGUCAACGGUCCUGUGCCAUGUUGGUCAGUGGUCUCAAAAAUUCAGAAAAUAAAGCAGAAAUGUAUUAAAUAUGGUUCAAAGUAAAUCAAAGUUAUCCCUUGUAUUACCACAAUUGUUUAAUGUUUAGUUAUUAACACUGAUGAUUACAUUUACAAAUAUGGGUACGGUAUCCUUUAAAAUUUCAAAUUCUUCCCCAUAUUUUUUAUGAUCAAAAGAUUUAAGAAAACAAGACUGGCAUUUAGCACAAAAAAUUACAUUUGCACAUGCUGUCUAGAAUUGUCCCCGCUUGUUCAAUAUUGGUAAAAAAUAAACACCUUAAACUAAUUAAAAUGGCAAAAAGUACAUUUGAAUAUGUUAAAAAUUUUGAACAAGAUGAUACUCUACUACCUAAUUCUUGGAUUGUGGUCAGAUUAGAUGGUAAAUGUUUUCACAAGUUUUCCGAAGACCAUAAUUUUACGAAACCUAAUGAUGCAAGAGGAUUAAAGCUAAUGAACUAUUCUGCUUAUGCUGUAUUGAGUGAGUUUAAUGAUCUCUUGAUGGCAUAUGGACAGAGUGAUGAAUAUUCAUUUAUAUUCAAAAAGAAUUCAACACUGUAUAAAAGGCGAGCUGCUAAAUUGCUUACUACCAUUAAUAGCAAGUUUACUUCAUCUUAUGUUUUUUACUGGAACAAAUUUUUUGAUGAAGAACCAUUGAAGUAUCCACCAGCAUUUGAUGGGCGUAUUGUUUUGUAUCCCUCUGAAGAAAAUCUCAUUGAUUACAUGAAGUGGCGGCAAGCAGAUGUGCAUAUUAAUAAUCUUUAUAAUACAACAUUUUGGACUCUCGUUUUACAGGGUAAUCUCAGUCCAGCUCAGGCUGAAAAACGAUUAUGUGGCACAGUAUCUGCUGAUAAAAAUGAAAUAUUGUUCAAAGAAUUUAACAUAAAUUAUAAUAAUGAACCUGAAAUGUUCAAGAAAGGAACAUUGCUGUUAAGAAAAACUUUAUCUAAUGAAGCCUUGAACAAAAGCAUUUCUGUAAUUGUGGAUGUCCACAGUGAUAUGUUGAAAGAUACAUUUUGGAAAGAACACAGUAACUUAUUAACUAAAACCAAACAGUAUUUGAACUAUGAAGGGCCUGUUACAGAUAUAUUAAAUGAACAGAUUGUGAGUAAAGCAAAAAUAGCACAAGAACAAAUUGAAAUUAGUGUGUAAGGAUAAUAAAAACAUCAUUUGAAAUUUAA